GUUUAUUUCGUUCAAUUAUUAUCAACUUGAACGAUCUUUCCUCCUUGCUCUGCACGAAUUAAGAAAAUAGUGUAUAACGAUGCACUAAGCAAAAGGUGUAAUUUCAAUCCCCGUUUAUAUAUCGAUGAAAAAAAAAAUGAUGUAGCAAGAUAGAAUCUCUGUAUCUCCCAUAUAACUAAGAUGAGCCCCAUUGGUACUAUUAAAUCUUACCCCAACAACCCUCGUGUUGCUAAGGCCCAAAUUGCUGCUGCCUAUAACGGUUUGGAAUUCGAUGUUCAAGCCUUCGAUCUCUCCAAGGAUAGAUCUCCUGAAUUCUUGGCCAAGUUCCCUUUGGGUAAGGUCCCCGUUUUCGAGUCUGCUGAAGUUAACCUUGCCGAAUCCUCUGCUAUUGGUUACUACGCCGCUGCUCUCAAGGAAGACUCUGCUCUUUUGGGUAAGACUGCUGUUGACCAAGCUUUGAUUAUGCAAUGGGUUCUCUUCUCCGAGACCGAGAUCAACACUCAUUCUUCCGCAUGGCUUCUUCCCCUCCGUGGUAUCUGGCCUUACUUGAAGCCUAAUGUUGAUGCUGCCGCUACCAACUACAAGCGUGCCUUGGGUGCCUUGAACACUGUUUUGUUGACCAAGACUUACCUUGUUGGUCAUGAAAUCACCUAUGCUGAUAUUGCCAUUGUCACCUCUCUUAUUCCCGCUUUUACUCACGUCCUCGAUAAGGCUGCUCGUGCUGAAUUCAAGAACGUUACCCGUUAUUUCACCACUGUCACAGCCAAGCCUUUGUUCCAAAAGUACCUCGGUAAGAUCACUCUCUGUGAAACCCCCUUAAAGUUUGUUCCCGCUAAGAAGGAAACUAAGAAGAAGGAAGCUGCUCCCAAGAAGGAGGCUGCCCCCAAGAAGGAAGCUGCCCCUAAGGCUGCUGCUGAUGAGGAAGAGGCCAAGCCUGCUCCUAAGCCCAAGUCCAAGUUGGAUUUAUUACCCCCCUCUCCCUUCAUCAUGGAUGCCUGGAAGCGUGAAUACUCUAACAAUGAUACCAAGGAUGCCAUCAAGUGGUUCUGGGAACACUUUGACCCCGAGGGUUACUCUAUUUGGAAGGUUGAUUACAAGUAUAACGAUGAACUCACUUUAACCUUCAUGUCCAACAACUUGAUCGGUGGUUUCUACGCCCGUCUUGAACGUGCCCACAAGUACGCUUUCGGUUCCAUGAUUGUCCGUGGUGAGAACAACAACAACACCAUCUCUGGUUACUUUGUUGUCCGUGGUCAAGAAGUUCCUUAUGAAAUCUAUGAUGCUGCUGAUUUCGGUUCUUACAACUUCCAAAAGAUUGAACCUUCUCAAUACGAAGAGAAGAAGGAUGAGAUCUUCAAGUACUUUGCUUGGGACUUUGAGGAUUGUGUUGACGGUAAGGUCUUCAAGUAAAUCAUUCUAACUACAAAAAGGAGAGAGACUAUACAAAAUAAAACACUGCACUUUCUCUUUGUUUUAAUAUUUGUUUGGCUCUUUUUUUUUUUUUUUUUUUUUUUUUU